AUGUGGUGCAAGUCAAGGUUGAACACAUUAUGGAAGACAUUACAACAAUGUUCAACAACAUAUCAAUCAUUGGAGAGAUUGAAUGAUGAGAUCACUGCUCACUUUGAACAAAUGAUCAAGGUGUUGAUCGCUCAGGAACACAAGGUCAAGACUCCAAUCAAUGUUCAGAUGGAACUUGUCAAAUCAACAAUCAACAACAUCAUCAAUGAGAUCAAAGACAUCAAUUCUAUCAUCAACUUGACUCAUCCUGUGGACCACAACAACAACAAUAAUAACAACAACAAUGACUCAGAUGGUCUUGAUGUUUACCAAAAGAUUAUCAACACAAUCACAUCAUGCACAUCGAUCGAACAAUUCAUCAACAUCUAUACACCAACCAUUGUUGAUGAUGAUGGAUCCAGAGUGGAUGAUGAUCAAUUGUUGACAAUGAUCAAGAAUCACGUUGAACAUAUAUCAAUGUUACCUUAUGAUGAUGACUCUACGGCCAAGCUACAAGCGUGUCAAGUUAGGAUUGACACCAACAAGUUGAAUGAUGUCAAGAAACAGAUUGAAUCAUGCUUUACACUCAUUGAUCCAACUAAGGUAAACAAACCAAAGGAGUUUGAUCGACAUGUGUUCACAUUCAACAAAGACGAUUGUUCACUUUUCUCACUGGACACAUUCACAUGGAAAUCAACUAACAGAGUACACAAUAGAUCAUCCUCUCCAAUAUUUACAUCUACUGUGUAUGCCAGAGGAAGUGUCUACAUAUUUGGAGGUGGAGACUCACCAGCAACAUACACUCGGUACUCAUUGAUCGAGAAACAAGCCUAUAGUCAUGAGAUGGUUGGAAUCACUGGUGGACGACUUUUAUCAGCAGUGUAUGAUGGUGACAAUCAUAUCUACCUUGUUGGUGGCCUUCAUGACUUUAACUUUUUAGAUAUUGUCCAAUGCUUCAAUAUUGACACUCAGCAAAUCUCAUUAAUUGGACACAUUCCAUAUGGUCUGUCCAACCCUUUCAUUCAUUUCCACAAUGACAUCAUCUACAUUGUUGGUGGAAACAGGAGUGUGGCUCAUCGUGACUUCAUCUCAUUCAAUGUGAAGACACUGACAUCUGAAGUUCUCCUCCGAGAUAUCAGCACCAAUCAAAAGACAAGUUGUUUCGAUGGCAAGGACAAUAUCUACAUUAUUACCUCACAGGCUUUCAUCCGAUACACAUUGUCCAACAAACAAUCAACAAAGCUGUCCAUGCCUCCAAGGGUUGAUAACUAUCUCACAAUUUUGUAUGAUGAACAAAUUGGUAUACUCUACAUUGGAGGCAAGGGCAAGAACUAUAGGUACACUGUCCAGAAUAAUCAAUGGCUCAUCAUCAAUGACAAUGACUAUAUUAGUGAUCGAACUACCAGUGCUGUAUGUUUGAUAAGAAACUGA